AUAUGUAACAAAACCCAUCUCCAUCGGUGCAUUUGAACAAACAUUAUAGCGCGCUUGCGUAUGCGCGCGCACUCACAGACGUCGAAGUCAACGCGCGUUAAACACACAGUACUUAUCGUAACGGUGGUUCGACGCGUACAUCAUAUUAAUAUCAUAAUAGUAUUAUUAGCAUUAUCAUCUUAUUAUUAUAACACCAUAAAACGGCCAAAACUGUUAUUAUAUUAAAAUAAUUACCUCGCGCGAUUGAAUAAUACCAUGCUGGUACCCGGUGAAUUCCCUACGUUUACCCGCGGGUCACCGACUCCGUCAUCGCCGUAGUCGUUCGAGCGAUGACGACCCUGAACACCCGUCACGUGACCCAGCCGUUAGCCGACAUAUCGGAUUCGACGCGACGAUGACCGCGACCAGAUACUUUACCGUGGACUCGGUGGUCCAACAGGUACAGCCGGCAGCCUCCACCGCGACCACCGUAACCCCUACAACGACCGCGAACCCCGACACCGUGAUUCCGAGCCUCGGACGCGAUGGUAUCGUGGAGGUCGUGGCUGAUUAUAAUCGCGAUCGUGAUCAAACCACCACUACAUCAUCUCCGCUCCAGCCCACCGCAGACCUCCGACCGGCGUCCGUUCCUCGCCUACCUGUGUUGACUACAACGACGACAACGACGGCUGCGAUGAUAACAACAAACUCACCGUCCGGUGACGCUCGACAACAACUGUUAAAUCAGAAACGAUAUUCGGUCACCGACCUAAUGGACAAACUACUGGAAGACAUAUACAGAGUGGGUGGUGGUGGCAGUGUGGCCUCUGAAUCUUCAACAGAUCAGAUGAAUUGGAGUGAUAGCGGCGGUAGGCCAACGAUCUCCUCAAGCAACGGAUGGUCUAAAAGACUGACGAGAAAAAGCGUAGAAGAGCUGUCUACUACGGUCGACCUGCUCAGGGACCAAUUGAAUGUGUGCUGCGAAGCACUGGUGAAGGCGCUGAAAAGGAGGGACAUUCUGAUAGCGCGCCGGGACGCCAAGUGCAACAUGAUCACUGCGCUUUUGCACGCGUACUCCAUGAAACGAAACCGUCCGGUGUUUGAACCGUCAUCGCCGUCAUCUCGUCCGGGCGACAGCAAGUCGAGACGAACGAAAUAUUCCUUAUCAAAACACAUUUGGAAGACGGGCGAUGUGAUGAAUGGUUUGCUCAACACGUUGAAGAACAUUGCCAGUCUCAGUGAAGACACAAAAAUGAGAUUUAACAUGAAACCUGGGCCCGGUGAUAGCGACUUUGAACAGUGGCAGAGCGCUAUGAAAAUGGUUGCGAGACUUCCAGACGGCGUUCCGCAUGAAUUCAGAAACACGUUAUGGUUGACCCUGGCGGAAAAAUACUUGUCGUCCAGGAACGUAGAGUGGCCCAAGGUGGAACGGUUUUGCUUCAACGACACGACCAACCCAGACGACGAAGAGCUAGGCGUACAGAUCGUCAAGGACUUGCACCGGACUGGUUGCAGCCUAUUCUGUGGUUCAUCCGGACUGGAAAACCAAGCGCUGCUGAAACGGGUGCUCUUGGGGUUCGCUCGAUGGAACAAGGCAGUAGGCUACUGUCAGGGAUUCAACAUGUUGGCGGCGCUCAUAUUACAAGUGAUGGAAAAAAACGAAUCCGACGCCCUAAAGGUAAUGAUAUACUUGAUCGAAGGUGUACUUCCCGAAGGUUACUUUGCUAACAAUCUCAGAGGACUAUCCGUGGAUAUGGCUGUAUUUAGAGACUUACUGAGAGUCAGACUGCAAAACCUAUCGAGGCAUUUAGACCGAUUACAGACUGAAUCGAAGGACUCCGGAACUAGCUACGAACCACCCCUGACAAACGUAUUCACAAUGCAGUGGUUUCUCACGCUGUUUUGCAAUUGUCUUCCCCAGUGUACAGUGCUUCGAGUCUGGGAUUUAAUAUUCCUUGAAGGAAGCACAGUGCUUUUGAAAACCGCCCUAGCUAUCUGGGACGCUUUGUCCGAUCGGAUAAUGACGGUGACAAGUGCAGACGAAUUUUAUAGUAUUAUGGCUGUCCUCACCAGAGAAAUGCUUGAGUUCGGUUUAAUGGACGCCAACAAUUUAAUCAAUACAAUUAGUACAAUGAACGAGCUAGUCGAAGUCAAAGAACUUCGGGAAAGAUACAUGUACAAUAUAAAUCCAUGGGUCAGUCAUGUUGCAAAACGAGGACUGCGAUUGUUCUACACAGAGUCCGACAUCGAGGAGACCGAUAGCGAUGACGACGUCGAUGGUAAAUCGUCGGCGAUCACUGCGAACAACGACCGAAAGGACGACUUCAGAACGAAACACAACAAAUCCGGCAAAAACAAUAGGCAGCCGACUCCCAGUUUGGAUUCCGAAAGGGAAAAGGUGGCGUUAGAUAUAUCGUCACUGAAGAAGCAAUACAGCAAACUCAAAGAAAGACAGAAACAGGUCCAAGUCAUUUUAACAGCUGCGUGUAAUGGACAAAACUUUAUUGGGACCUCCAAUUCUUCGGCGAUGAAUCAUUUAUUAUUCGGUAAAACGGCUCUGAGAUGCACAUCGAUCGGGCCAAUACCCGGAUCCAUACCAUUAAAAUACAUACAAGAUGUCAAAAAACCGGAACCCAAAACAGAACCACGAGUCCGAGAGAAACGGACCGUAUCAUCAUCGUCAUCUUCGUCAACGUCCACCGAACUCUGCGACGAUCCCGCGUCAGACUGCUGCAGCGAACGGUCGAUCGAUGACGAUGGUUGCAACGGCCACGGUGAAGACGGAGAUGGAAACGCUGACUUGGUCGUCGACGUUGUUUUAGAAUGUCGUAUACCUGAUGUUAAAACCAGCGACGAUGAUGUCAGUGAUGUAAGUCUAGCCGAAAUGUUGAGAGCCAAUUCGGAAGUAUUGAAAAGAAUGUGCAGAGGGAAAGUGGCGACAGAAGAUCCAGAAUCGGACUUAGAAGAACGGCUACCGGACUUGAUAAACAACAUCAGCAUGAUUGGUGAAUCUUUAACCACCGUAGAGACUUCAACCGCGAACGAAUUUAUAACCACUGUCGAGAGUUCCGCCGCCGAUAAAUUCCGAAAUUUACUAACAGACGAAUCGCAAUCUGUAACUGAAACUUCCACCACUGAUGAUUUCCGAGACUUUUUUGCGGUCGAGUCGUUGUCUGCAGCGGAGUGCGUUGAUCGAGUGCUUCCACCACAGCAACCGGAAGAAAACAAAGAUAACUUCGAGGAUUCCACAACGUCGGCAUCGAAACCAUUUGCUCCGUUCCCUUCGAAAGUCAGGCAGCCCAAACGGCUCGGUAUCGAAUUGGGUCUAUACCCGGACGGCUCGAAUUGAUUUCUUCUUUUUUUUCUACGACUUAUUAGACAAUUUUAAAUUUAAAUAAAAACAAUCAUUGUUAAGUAUUUUUUUAUACAAAAUAAUUGUUAUUUAAAAAUAUUUUAAAUAUUACUAUUAUAUAUUAUUAUCAUCACCUCUUUCGAGUAGGUCGCAUUAUUUUUGUAAGCGGCAAUUGAUGAUCGAAUCAUUUUAAACUUCUUUGGAAAUUUUACCACACAUGUGAUAUUUUGUAAAAAAAAACCCAAAUCUGAACGUUUUUCUUCGUAUGUUUAUUAUAUAUUAUAUUAUAUAUACAAUAUACAUAUAUAUUUAUUGAUAUUUUAAUAUAACAUUAUACGAUUAAUUAUAAGAAUAUCAAUAUAUUUAAACAAACGAGUACUAGUAUGACAUAUUAUAAUAGGUAUAAAUAAUUAGCUUUAAAAUAUGUCGCCAAUCGCAGUCAUCUUUGACACUUUCCAGUGAUUGGCUUUCAUUAUUUUUGUGUUCUGGAGUAUUUUUAUCAUAAGCCUAAAAUAAUAUUAUAAAUUAAACAUAUUAUAUUCAAGUUAUAUUUAUUUUUUGUGAAUCAAUAAACAAUGAAUGAU